AUCACGCUCACGCCUCUUUUCCUUUCCUCUUUAUCAUUCCCCUCUCACUUUUCUUUCUUUUUAUUUUCCUCACCACGUACGCCAAACCUGUGUCGUUUCUCUCUUUCUCUCUCACAGCCUUUCAUUGACAUUAAUGCAGAGCUGUAUAUUGCAGUAGCAGCAUCUGCAAAACCUGACAGUGAAAAAGAGUAACACCUUUUUUUACAGUACAACCCAAAGUCAAGUCCUGAACCCCUCCUUUUUCUCUGUCAUCAGAAAAACAGCCACAACCAGAAUAAUAAGAAGAAUCACAACAAGAAUUUUAUUUAAUUUCCCAAUAUUAUACGAAAACUCUUCGCUCGCUCAGGCAAGACAAGAGUAACGUCCACUCAAACAUUCACUCCAAAUCCAACCACACGCCCUUCAUAUAGUUCAUUUCUCAAUACUAAACAUGAUCGACACUCUUAGAUACCUUCUCGGCUCCGCCGGUCCAAGCGGCUUCGGCUCCAAAUCCACCGCCGAACAAGUCACGGAAAACCGCGCCGAUCUCCGCUGCCUCACUGCCAUCAUCACCGGUGCUACGUCUGGAAUCGGAGCUGAAACGGCGCGUGUGUUAGCGAAACGUGGAGCGAGGCUGAUUCUGCCGGCGCGUAGCGUGAAAGCUGCCGAAGACGCAAAAGCGCGUAUAUUAUCAGAGUGUCCUGAUUCGGAGAUCAUUGUUAUGGCUCUUGAGCUAAGCUCUCUCAAUUCGGUUAGAAGCUUCGUAAAUCAGUUCCACACUCUCGGUUUGCCUCUCCAUCUUCUCAUAAACAACGCCGGAAAGUUUGCGCAUGAACACGCUGUAUCGGAAGACGGAGUUGAAAUGACCUUCGCCACUAAUUACCUAGGUCAUUUUUUGUUGACAAAGUUGUUGGUGAAGACGAUGGCUGAAACGGCGAAGGAGACGGGAGUGCAGGGUCGGAUAGUGAACGUGUCGUCCAGCAUCCACGGGUGGUUUUCCGGCGAUGCUGUUUCGUAUCUGGCUCUUAUAAGCCGUAACAAAAGCCAUUACGACGCCACACGUGCUUAUGCUCUUUCCAAGCUCGCCAACGUUUUCCACACUAAGGAGCUUGCACGUAGACUCCAGCAAACGGGGGCCAACGUGACUGUUAACUGUGUUCAUCCUGGGAUUGUGAGAACCAGACUCACUAGGGAGCGUGAGGGUUUACUCACAGAUUUAGUGUUCUUUUUGGCUUCCAAGCUCCUAAAGACCAUUCCUCAGGCAGCUGCCACAACAUGUUAUGUGGCAACUCAUCCGAGGCUGUCCGAUGUCUCCGGCAAAUACUUUGCAGACUGUAACGAAACUUCAACCUCAAAAUUGGGAUCCAACCUAGCGGAAGCCACAAGGUUAUGGGCCACUUCUGAAUUCAUGAUUUCUAGGGGUCCAAAGGCUGCCUUUGACCUACUCAAGCACCUUGAAUUUUGAAGUUUCUUGGACACUGCAACACAAACACACACCUGUACUUGUGUAUCUGGGGAUAAUACAAAAUUAUACGAGAAAGUUCGAUUGGAGUUAUCAUAAGUGGACAACAGAGCUUGUAAAUAGAAGAAAACAAGUAAAUAAGAGAACGAGAACAUGGGGUCGGGUUGCCCCAUGUGGUGGUUGUUCUUCAAAGAGUAUCUUUCUCUCAUGGUAUUUGCGUGGGACCUACUAACAUGCUCCCCGUGGAAGCGAGAGCGUGCUUUUGAAGAAAAAUAAUUUCCCAACUACAUUUUUGGUUAAACUAAUCAUAGCAAUCCAUGGUCGAGUGAUUGGUCACUCGUGCUAUUCAACAAAUCAAUUUAGACCAUUACACCAAUAAUAUCAUAUUGUUUAAAAAAGUCUUUGUUAAACUACCAAUUAUCUGAAGACAUG